UAAUUUUUUAAAUAGGCAUUGAAAAGUCCAGGCCGCAAUUAAAAGAUGGGAAACUUACAGUAAAGUGUUUUUCCGGUAAAUUUCCUCCAACUAAUAUUUAAACGAAGACUCCAAUCCAACCUCUUCGCCGUCGGUCACCGUUUCCUUCCUUCCCAAGAAGAUGACCCGCUGCCCUCUUCCACCUCUCCUCCUCCUCCCCGUCUCCUCCUUCGUUCUCCUCCUCUUCCUCCCCCACCUCCCCCCCGCCCAAUCCCAGGUCGUCACCACCAUUGAAGAUAUCUUCUCCCAUAGCUUCCCUAACUUCGACUCUGUCGACAACGGUGCUAAUUUCUCGAUAUUCAACGACGCCGGAAUCAGCCUAGGCGCCCUCCUGCUCACCCCCGAUAGCUUUAUCGGCGCCACCUACAUGCGCAACAAAUCCGGUCGAGUCUUCUACAACAGGCCUUUUAAGCUUUGGCAGAUGGACUCUUCUUCCUCCUCCGGCGCCGAGACCAAGCAGUUCCUGUCCUUCAGCACCUCCUUCAAGAUAAACGUCUUCCGCAGUAUUAAUGGCAACCUGAACACAGGAGAGGGCAUGGCUUUCCUCCUCUCCUCCGACCUCGGCCCGGCGCCACCGGGGAGCCACGGUGCCUUUCUCGGCCUCACCAAUGCUUCCCUCAACGGUAACCCCGGCAACCACUUCGUCGCCAUCGAGUUCGACACCGUCAUGCAGACCGAUUUGGGAGACCCCAACGACAACCACAUCGGCCUCGACAUCAACGGCGUGAACUCCACAAAGACAGCCUCCGAUUUGAAAGUUCAGAUCUCGCCGCCUGGGUUCCCCACCAACCACACCGUCUGGGUCGAUUACGAUGGUAUGGUGCCCUAUUUGCACGUUUAUAUGGCGAUCGACGACGAUCCAAAGCCGGCCUCCGCCGUGCUCGAAGCGCCACUCGAUCUCAAUGAUUUUCUGAAGCAGGAGUUCUACUUCGGGUUUUCUGCCUCGACAGGGACGAACUACGAACUCCACGACGUGCUGUCGUGGAAUUUGACCGCGAAGAUGUCACACGUCGGCCGAAAAGGCUUGGCGGCGUGGAAGAUUGGCGCGAUCGUUGGGGGUGUUUCUGUGUUCGUGAUGGUGCUCGUGGCAGGACUUUGGGUGGGCCUGAAGGUAAGAAAGAGGACGGCGAGGGAUGCGACCUCCAGUUACAGCAGCGCUAUGGUAUUGGUGGCGCUGAAGAGGCUACCGGGGACGCCGAGGGAGUUCGAGUUCAAGGACCUCGAUAAGGCGACCAACAAUUUCGACGAGAAGAUGAAGCUGGGGAAAGGGGGCUUCGGCGAGGUGUACCGGGGCGUGUUGCCUGGGGAGAACAAGCAGGUGGCCGUGAAGCGAUUCUCUCGGGGAGGCACCAGCGCUCCCGACGACUUCCUCAAAGAACUGACCAUCAUCAACCGCCUUCGCCAUAAGAACCUCGUCCCCCUUGUCGGAUGGUGCCACACCAACAGUAUGCUGCUGCUAGUCUACGAGUACAUGCCCAAUGGGAGCCUUGACCACCACCUGUUCGACGGGCCCAACAGCAUGCCGACGACGACUCUGAGCUGGGAGCGGCGAUACAACGUGAUCGCCGGCGUCACCUCUGCCCUCCACUACCUGCACGACGAGUACGAUCAGAAGGUGGUGCACCGCGACCUGAAGGCCUCCAACAUCAUGCUCGACGCCAACUUUAACGCGCGCCUUGGUGACUUCGGCCUCGCGCGUGCCCUCGAAUCCGACAAGACUUCCUACGCCGAGCUGGAGAUGGCUGGCGUCCCCGGCACCAUGGGUUACAUCGCUCCGGAGUGCUUUCUCACCGGCAAGGCCACCCGGGAGUCCGACAUUUUCGGCUUCGGCGCCGUGGUGCUCGAGGUCGUCUGCGGCCGCCGCCCUCGCUGCGACAUCGACGGCUUCCUGUUCCUAUGCGACUGGGUGUGGAAGCUCUUCCGCGAAGGACGCAUCCUGGAGGCCGUCGACGCCCGCCUGGGGGAGGACUACGACCCCGAGGACGCUCGCCGUCUCCUCCUCCUCGCCCUGGCCUGCAGCCACCCGAUUUCGUCGGAGCGGCCGAAGACAGACGUGACGGUGCAAAUCAUCUCCCGCACAAGAGCGCCGCCGUCGGUACCGCACUUCAAGCCUUCAUUCGUGUGGCCGUCCUUCCCUGCCAUGGCGGGGACAUCGAGCUGGUUGACCGCCGUGUCGGCCGUGGCGUCGUCCUACGAAGCGUCCCCCACGCGGCGGACUCCGCAUCUCCUCGAUGGAGACGGACACGUGGCGUCCAAAGACCUCUCCCUUACGUCAUAAUCGUCCGCGUUUUGACGAGGCAGGUGUUGACUGGGCCAACAUACGGUGGUCCUUCCCGCCAUUUCUCUUGUGCAAUUAUCUUUUUUUGAUCUGUAUUCCGAUUUUUCUCGCAUUGGGACCCACAAUGGCCUCCAGUCUUAUUCCUUUUAAAAGCGGAACUCUAUCCUAUUUUUCCAGCAAAAGAUGUUAUUCUUCCA